UCACUGUGUCCAUGAGCUAUUAGCGCGUUUCUCCCACCCAUCACUUUGCCCCUGUGCAGAGGGAGCCGCAGCCACUGCAUCCAGCAGAUCCUGGAGGCCGUCCUCCACUGUCACCAGAUGGGGGUCGUCCACAGGGACCUCAAGCCGGAGAACCUGCUCCUGGCCAGCAAGUGCAAAGGGGCUGCAGUGAAACUGGCCGACUUCGGCCUCGCCAUCGAGGUGCAGGGGGAUCAGCAGGCCUGGUUCGGCUUUGCGGGCACACCGGGAUACCUCUCCCCUGAAGUCCUGCGCAAAGAGGCCUACGGCAAACCUGUGGACAUCUGGGCAUGCGGCGUCAUCCUCUACAUCCUGCUGGUGGGGUACCCGCCCUUCUGGGACGAGGACCAGCACAAACUCUACCAACAGAUCAAGGCCGGUGCCUACGAUUUCCCUUCACCCGAGUGGGACACGGUCACCCCCGAAGCGAAAAACCUCAUCAACCAGAUGCUGACCAUCAACCCGGCCAAGCGCAUCACAGCGCACGAGGCCCUCAAGCACCCGUGGGUCUGCCAACGCUCCACCGUGGCCUCCAUGAUGCACAGGCAGGAGACGGUCGAGUGUCUGAAAAAGUUCAACGCCCGGAGGAAGCUCAAGGGCGCCAUCCUCACCACCAUGUUGGCCACGAGGAACUUCUCAGUGGGCAGACAGACCACCGCUCCUCCGACCAUGUCGGCGGCCGCCGCCGGGGCCCCCCUGGGGCUGGUGGAACAAGCAGCUAAGAGCUUACUGAACAAGAAGGCGGAUGGUGUGAAGCCUCAGACCAACAGCACCAAAGGCAGCGCCGGCGUCACUAGCCCCAAGGGGACCCUCCCGCCCGCUGCACUGGAGCCUCAAACUACGGUAAUCCAUAACCCCGCGGACGGCGUUAAGGAGUCGUCCGAUAGCACCAACACCACCAUCGAGGAUGAGGACACCAAAGCCCGUAAGCAGGAGAUCAUCAAGAUCACAGAGCAGCUCAUUGAGGCCGUCAACAACGGAGACUUCGAAGCCUACGCGAAGAUCUGCGACCCGGGGCUCACCUCCUUCGAGCCCGAGGCUCUGGGCAACCUGGUGGAGGGGAUGGACUUUCACCGCUUCUACUUUGAGAACUUGCUCUCCAAGAACAACAAACCCAUCCACACGACGAUCCUGAACCCGCACGUGCACGUUAUCGGCGAGGACGCCGCCUGCAUCGCCUACAUCCGCCUCACGCAGUACAUCGACGGCCAGGGCCGGCCCCGCACCAGCCAGUCCGAGGAGACCCGCGUGUGGCACCGCCGCGACGGCAAGUGGCAGAACGUCCACUUCCACGGCUCGGGGGCCCCGGUCGCCCCGCUGCAGUGAAUGAAGAGCUGGCGGUGGCUGUCCUGGUUCCAGCCUGACGGAGCCGGCGAUGGGAGCCGAGCCGGCAGCCGGAGCUGCGGCCCCGAAGCACGCGUCCGCAUGCCUGUCCCCGUCCCCCCCCCCCCCCGCCCCGCUCCUCCCCUCCAGUGCCUGUGUUUGCAGAAAACAAAAAGACAAAAAAAAUCCCACACAAAAAAACCCAAAAAGAGAAAAAAAAAAAAAAGGGGGGGGGGGGGAAACCCCAACCCCCACCCCAGAUCCAGCCCAGGCGGGGACUUGGGGGGGGGGCGCUCCCAUGGCCAGACCCCCCUCUCUGCCCGUCUCCGCCUGGGGGUGUCUCCCGGCUGUGGCGGGGAGGGGGGUCCCUGCCCGGCCCCCCCGGCCCCGGCUGUGCUUGUGGCGUGUCGCUGUUGCUGGUGGUGGAUGUUGUUCUUUGGGCUCCGCUUUCGCUCUCCCCGUCCCUGUACAUAGAGAGAGCUCUUUAUUUUUGAAUUCCCAUGGGGGGGCCCCGGCUGCUGGGGGGGGGGGGGGGCACACACACAAGGGACUCCCCCAGCAAAGUCCCGGCGCUGGGGAUAUGGUGGGUGCCUUUGGGGGGCGAUCCUCUGGCAGCCACCUCUAUGUCCCCUACCCGGUGACAGAGGCACCUCUGGGUGCUGGUGGGUUUUAUGGGGGUGACGGGGCUCGGGGGGGGCGGGUGGUGGGGGGGGCGCGAGUUCCACGUACCAGGGCUGGGACAGGGGCUCGGGGCGAUCCAGCCAGCACUGACGCAGCAUCGAAAGCACUUUAGACUAAGAGAACGGGUCUCUUAGGGGGCACAGGCUGCUCCGCCGGGGGUCCCCCCAUGGCACCGGGCAGCGCUCCCCUCCCGCACCCCUUCCCCUCUCAGGGGGACACACACACACACACCCCGGCACCCCCGACCUCCCCUUGCCCAGGGAGGGGCUCUGGGCACUCCCCAGCUCGGCCAUGCGCUUCCCGUUGGCCCAUCUCCACAUCCAGAGGCACCGUGUUGCUGGGGGCUGGUUUGGGCUGGGGGGGGUGGGGGGUGGGUGGGUAUUUAUUAUGAUAAUGAUGAUGAUGAUGAUUCUUUUUUAAUCCUGAUCAGUCGUUUCUGCAUGCCCUUUGCGCGGGAGCAACCCUCGGGCGCUAACGCUGUAUGUUGAGGAGCUGAGCUGAGCUGUUUCUGUCCCAUGAAUGCUGGUGGAUCGUUGCCAAAUUUGACUCUUCUCCCCCUUUUUCUCUCAUUCUUUUUCCACCCAUUUCCUGCCCCCCUCCAAAAAACAACCAAACAAAACCCUUCGUCUUUUCUUUCUGAGCCUUGUAAGUGUAAAAGAUUCCUCGGAUUUCGUUUUUGUCUCGGGAAAACUGCAAAUAAAUUAUGAGAAAAAACAA